UUUGGUGAAAAAUAGACAUGUUAAAUAUCACCAAAUAUAUCUCUUUUUUCAAGAGGAGGCACUAGAAAUUAAGUGUCAGUCUUUUGUUGACAUUUUAAUUUAUCACAAUUCAGAUAAUAUUUGUGUGGCCUAAUAAGCAGGUAGCUCGUGAUGUUAUUAGGAGGUUUAGGUCAAUAUUUGAUCUUCAUCAAGUGUUUGCGUUUCCCCGAAUAAAAGUACCUAACACCAUUUUAUCACGCGAUUUGUCAAUUACAAAUAGGUGCCUAAUGCCUAAUAAUUAUUAAAUAGGUACAAGUGAUGCCUAUUUCUGUGAAAAUUAUUUCUUCGAACAGUGUUGGUCAAUAUUUGCGCCGGUGAAGCAUGAUUUUUCUUCGCGAAGUGAAAAAACUUAUUAAACAAGCAUGUGGCCAAGAAAAUAUGUUCGGAUACCAGACCACGCUGGCUAAUCAACUCUACCUAAUGCACCUCAUAUCAGGCAGAAUGUAUUCCACCGAUAAAGUCCACUGGCAGAUCAAGAUAGCCUAUUUUGUACCCAAUUUCGCCGCGUUUUGCCAAGUGUUCAUUAUUUGUGCUCUUUACUGUAAUUAUGGCUUCAAAGGUGAUCUUAUUUUGAUGACCCAGGUUGCAUAUUUCGAAAUGGUGGGGGUUUCUUCGACUCUGAUUAUUCCUUUGGCGAGUUGCAUGUUCGGUGAUGGUAUUGAUACGAUGGUUGAACUCGUUGAUCGUUUGCUCGUUGAAAGAAGAUCACUAGGAGGUGAUGAACAAAAAGAAGGCAUCGUAAACAUAAGAACUUGGAUGAUAAUUAAUUAUUCUGCACUUUGUGCACUUACAUUCGUAUAUUUCGGUGCUGGCACAUGGGACAUUAUCAUGUUCUAUGAGGAGGAAAAAGUCAAGAAUUAUAUGUAUUACUCGAUUCCUUUUCCCUAUAUCGAAGAAUAUGGUUCGAUGAAAUUACUGCUGUUUGUUAAUCUAGGAACACCUUCUUUCAUAGGUAUGCUGAAUUCCUUUACAAUGUUAUCGGCAAUCGCGAUGCCUUUAAUAUGGGCUGCUGUUUGUCACAACGAGGUGAUUCAUAUUUGUCACGACUUACAAGAAAGUUGCGCACCCAGGAAUAUCAAACUCGUCACUAAAUCAUAUCAGAGAGUCGCUGGGAUUAUCAAGAACUUCAGAGAGUUUUAUAAUAUUGUGGGUACGCUGACUUUGGUUCAAGUUCUGGCUAUGGCUAUUGCCUAUGCUUAUGUGGUGCUUUUGUGGGAUGAUUCGUAUUUGAUUAAAGUUAGAGGAAUUGUGGCGUUUUUAAUUGCAUUCACUUUCGUGUUUCAGCUGUGUGCGGUUGGAGAAACUAUUGAUAACUUGACUAAUUUAAUUUCGCAAGAAAUUUACUCAACUUGUUGGUAUGAUUCGUCAACACGUCAUCGAAAAAAUAUCCUCAUAUUUUUAGGCCAAGCCCAAGCGACUUUUGAUUUAUCUGCCUAUAAAAAGUACCCAUUCAGAUUAAAUACAGUUCUCCGUUUUGCCAAUAUGGUCUACUCUGCGGCUAAUUUUCUGCGCACAAUAACUAAAAAAUGACCAAGAAAAUAUGUAUACACCUACUUGUGCAUGAUCGUAAUGUAAAGAGUUGUUUUUGUAGAUGUGAUGUAAA